CAACAAACAGGACACCUUCAGCACGUUUGUAGCUUGUUUCAUAACACCAAACCGCACAACACUUCCCUGAUCUAUGUUAGCGAGUUAUUUAUAUAUAGUGUAACGCCAGUCAGAGAAAUGAUGUGCAUUAAACAGAUAUUUUUGCGAACAUAUCGCUUAAAAGUCGGACAAGUGCUCGGUACAGCUUUAACUUCCAGCAGAUGUUUUCAUGGUGAACAACAAGUAUCACGUGAAUCCAGCGCACUUCCCAUCAUUCAUCACAGCAGGUAUGUGUGCGACCUCCCUCCCAACCACAGGUUUCCUAUGGGCAAGUUUCCCCGCGUGCUGCACUUCUUAAUCAAAGAUCAGGUGAUCACAGAGGAACAGGUGUGGGUCCCUGAAAUUGCCUCUAAAGAAUUACUCAGCUGUGUGCACACUGAGGAAUACUUAAACGACUUCUUUAUUGGGAAAAUCAAUGAGCAGGAACAGAGGAGGACAGGUUUCCCCUGGAGUGAAGGCAUAGUGAGGCGCUGUCGAUAUGAGACAGGUGGGACUGUUCUGGCUGCUGAGGUAGCUCUGCAGAGGGGUCUGGCCUGCAGCACAGCAGGAGGAACACAUCAUGCCUUCCCAAGCUACGGUUCAGGGUAUUGUCUCCUCAACGACUUGGCAGUUGCCGCCAAAUACCUGAUGGGUGUCUCCUCGCACAAAAGGAAGAUUCUGAUCGUGGAUCUAGACGUGCAUCAGGGUGACGGCACUGCUUUCAUUUUUAAAGAGGAGCCGUGUGUGUUUACAUUCUCAGUGCAUUGUGGGAAAAACUUCCCCCUCCGUAAACAACAGAGUGACCUAGAUAUCAGCUUGGAUGAUGGGAUGGAAGACAAGGAGUACCUCUCCACAGUGGAGACCCACCUCCCUUUGCUGCUGGAGACCUUCCGCCCGGACCUGGUUCUGUAUGACGCCGGUGUCGACCCUCACUGGGAGGAUGAGCUCGGGCGGCUGCGUCUCACUGACCAAGGGCUGUAUCAGAGAGAUCUGUACGUGAUGAAGACUGUGGUGAGCAGAGGUGUUCCCGUCGCUGCCGUUAUCGGAGGAGGAUACUCGAGAGACAACGACAAACUGGCCCUCAGACACUCCAUCCUCCACAGAGCAGCAACUCAGGUUUGGAGGGACUGUGGAAUGUAAAACCUUCAUGCCCCGAAUCCAGAAGACCCACAGAGCCUCACCAGUAGUGCAGUGCUUCUCAAAGUGUGGUCCGCGGACCACUGGUGGUCCGUGAGCGCCCCCUAGUGGUCUGUGAGUAUAUUGGUAACAUUUCACAUUUUAAAUAAAUGUAAGUUUUCCGCACUCUUGUGGGAAUAUCUCCGUAAUGGAGCGAGCUUAAGUUUCAAUUGAUUGCAUGAUAUAGCCCAGCGCAACACCUUCAUCACACAUGUUGCCACUUGUUUGUACCAUUUCCAGGCGAUUUGUAAUCUGUUCUAGAAAAACGAUGUGAUUUUGGAUAUUUGUGGAGUUAGGUGGUCCGCAAGUGUUUUUUUUAUUGGUUAAGUGGUCCUUGGUAUGAAAAAGUUUGAGAAACACUGUUUUAAAGCCAAUGAAAAUAUCCUUAUUUUGAAAAAGCAUAUAUGAAAUGUAACUAAUCAUCUAAAUCUGCAGCUAGUAGCUACUAAAUGCGUAACAUAAAUGUACUGGAGUGAUAUAAUGUCUAUAUUUUUGAAAUAAUAAAUCUGGUGUUCUCUAUGUUAA